AACGUCUCAAGGCGAAAUCAGACCGGGUGAAGUAUCGUUUGUGCUAUGAGGGACUUCUAAUUUGUUUGAUGAAGGUGCUGUAGUUGAUUGAAGGAAGAAGGAGCGUGCAGCAAUUUCAUCAAACAGAUUGCGAUUGCCUGUCCGCCGAGUACUGAGUACUGAGUACUAAGUUACUAAGUACUGAGCGCCGAGCAGUUGUUUAGAUUAUGUUUCCAUUACAUACCAGUUUUCUAACCGAGACUGACUAAGACACCGAGAAAAUGCUCGGAAAUUAGGCUCCCACGUGUCGGCGGCUGUCGGCAAUCCGUCCUUGCUACGACCAUUCCGUCGAUUUCGCCACCAAGUUCCUUGGGGGAUGCUUUCACCGUGGACUGUCGUCGUGUUGCUUCUCUUUCAAGGCGCCCAUUUAGGUCGACGCACAAAAUCCGCCUAUCUGUGCACUCUGAUUUCAACUCUAAUUACAUUGGCGCCAGGAGUCUAUUCCUAUAUCCCUGCCUCGCCGACGAACUCUACUCAGGAUGCAAUAGCUGGUGGACUCAAUAUUACGGACGUUUCCAAGCUUCAUUUGCAGUGGUAUUCGAAUGGAUCGUACUGGGAAACGGUGUCCUAUCAGUUGGUUGGUCAUGACAGUCUGGGGAUUAGCAAGGGCGCCCUUGUGCAUUUCUCGGAGACAUCAGUCAAUAACAAUACUCCAGCAACGACGACGCCUUGGAUCGCUCUGGUGUCUUGUGACUUCAAUGCUACAAAUGCUUCUCAGGAGAUCGAUAUAUUCACACUUGCGCGCGACAAGGGUGCAGUUUCAGCUCUUCUCUACUCCCUCUACUCUACCGCUUGCGUGAUCAAUCCCGAAUACGCAGAUCCAGAAACCUUCGACCAAGUCUUCGAUAUUUUCUCGACUCAAAGCCUUACUUCUGCGCAUCUCAUCGAAUACCAGUUCGGUCAAAUCGGAUCCACCAACGAUAGUAUAUCUGGGACCUACAACUCUCAAAGUCUUAACGACUCAGCAGCAAUCAUGAACGCAACUAUAUCUUUAGGAUAUGCUACUACGUCCGGUUUCCUAUAUGCCACCUUACGGGCAUAUAACGCUACAGGCGACGAUAAUACCACGUCUACGACGAGUAGCGGUUCAGGAUCAAGCAGUGAUCAGCAGGGGGGUUCUUCUAAUACUGCUUUGGCCAUGAUUGUAUUAUACGCUAUCACGGGUUGUGUGUCCGCUCUGUUCUGCGUUAUUAUUGUCACCGGUGCAAUUCGUGCUAUCCGACACCCCGAGAGAUAUGGCCCCCGAAGGCGUGGUGGAGGCGAGAUGUACCAGAGCCGCACGCAAGGUCUUACACGUGCAAUCUUGGACACGUUUCCGAUCGUUAAGUUCGGUAGCUCACAAGCAAGGAGUGGUCCAGACAUGGUUCUCAAGGAUCCGGAAGCCCUCGAUCCCAACGCUCCAACUAGUGCCGCAGUUCAAAUGCAAAGCUUGAAUAAUGCCGCAGCUGGGCAGCCAGCUGUUCGCCGACCGUCGCGACGGCAAACCCGAGAUAAUAAUCCCGACGCUGCAGCACCCGAUGGUGAAGACCACUCUCGCAGUGACCAGCCUAGCCAGAGCUCAGAAGACGUCCCUGUGCCUGCUGCUAUAGGUCGGGAAACGUGUCCCAUUUGCAUAGUGGACUUUGAGGAAGAUGACGAUGUUCGGAUACUGCCAUGCGAAGGCCAUCACCGAUUCCAUCAACAAUGCGUGGACCCCUGGCUUUUGGGAUUGUCCAGUUCUUGUCCCAUUUGCCGACAAGAUUUCCUCGCUCUUGAGUCGAUGUUGUCCAUUCCAGGUGAUGUUGAUGGAAAUGAAGACCUUCACCCGCAAGCCUCUGACGGACAUGCGCAUGGCACUAUGGGCAGUAGUCGUUUCUCACGUUAUAUCCGUUCGGCAAUGAGAAGGCGUCGACAAGAUGAAAAUGACCCUACAGAACCUUACCUGCCUACCGCUGCACACACCACAGUCUAA